AAUAACACCUGGGCACCAACAAAACAACUGACUGUUCUCUCAGGGCAGACCCUAGCUUUUUGCGGGGCCUAAGCAAUAUUUUGUUUGGCCCUCCAGGGCAAAACAUUUUAGUGGGCCCCCUAGCUUGAUGGCGGAGAGAAACAAAUAUUGCAGUUUUAAAGAAAGUUUGCUGCAAUUUCACACAUUUUGCCAUAGGGUGGAGACAUUUUUUCAGUUUUAAAGCUAAUUUCCUGUUAUUGUACCCAUUUUGCCAUGACUUAUGUCAUGUUAAUAUGAUAUCUGAGCUAGAGUAACUAACAAAAUCAAUGGGGGACCCCUGGGCACGUGCCCUUUGUGCCCGGUCAUACUUCGACCAUGAUUACUACAAGUUUAGAUAGCUGGCUAGAUUAAUUUACCCAUAUAAAACAUGUUAGAUGACAUGGGCUAAUUGACCCCCGACUGAGAUCCUAUUUUUUGGGGUCAGCCAGCUAGUAGCUGAGGGCCCUAAGCGACCGCUUAUUCCUGGGGUAAAAGAGAGAGAGAGAGAGAGAGAGAGAGAGAGAUAUGCAGCUCCUGAGGAGUUCAUUGGGAGCAGAGAAAAUUCGAGAUGACAACCCCACUUAUUGCUCUUGACAUUUGGUCAGCGCCUUGGUGCACAUGCGCAGCGUGAGCCGCACCAAGGGGCUAGCCAGGGCGGACGGUGCUCUGAUGAGCUGCUAGUGCAGAGCAGCUGAGGAUAGAUAAUAACGUGUGUCAAACCUGACUUAUGCGGUCACUCCAUUUAGACAUCCCGUUACUUGACACAUUUGCAACCCCUUCUCUCCAACAUCUCAGAGCAGUGAGGGAAAUUCUCUCAUAUGGGCUAACUUUGGAAUAGAAAAGUUCCUCCGAGUUGCGCUUUGCUCCUUGUGUUACAGAAUUGCGACGUAAAAGGCCCAUCUCUUGAACCGUGAAAGCGAAUUGGACAGGAACGAACAUUUGAGUUUUUGACAACAUUAGAAGCACAUUUUCUAUGCUCUGCUGCCUAUCACCCCUAGCCUCUUCUGCACAAUACUGUGGCAUUAACAAGGUGCGCAGGAAAACACACCUUUGAGCUGAGAGCGCACGCAGAGACAAUCUAAAACUGUUGUUCUAGCCUACAGUUUGACUUAUAGCCUUGGCCAGUAUUAUAUAAACUAUCUCCAGUUUUAACCCGCCUCCAUAGGUGACAGUUAUUUUUUUUGUCUCAGUGCCACUAAACAAAUUGACUUCUCCUCCCCUCUGUCCCUUCCUUGCCUUUUGUAUAUUGUUCUUGCCGCUGCGUGUUGGUUUUGUCUGUGAAGCCGCCGGAUGACCAGAGCACGGAUUUCACCUCGUCCUUAAGAGAGACAGAGGAGAUAAUAAGAAGAGAGAGAGAGAGCGACACACACAAAUUACCCCUACACACAGCGACCGACCCGAUAUCGAGACACGAGGAAGACGCCAUCAUCACCGAGACCUCGGGUGAAGCCUCUCUCUGAUGGGUAUCCAGUCCACCCAGUCAUCCCUUCAGGGACGUUAGUAGGGGUCGGUGGAGCCUAGUCUUCUCUCACCCUGGACUAAAGUGACUCCAGCUUCAGAACUGAACCACACAGCACCACCACUCACUGACUGGAUGUCUUCCAAGCGACCAAUCUCUCCAUAUGGGGGGACAGAUGGAGAGGUAGUCAUGGCAACCAGCAGACAGAGACUGGAAGAGGAAGAGAGAGAUGAUGGACAGGCUGUCAUGCACCUCCCCCUGACUCCCUACUGCAGCAAGGUGUCCCCCCGCUCGCCCCGCCCCCUGGACAGCCCCCCCACCCUGCACAGUGCCAUGGACCAGGAUGGCAGUAAGGGUUGGUCUCUGAGCCCCUACCCCCAGCACAACUCCUCUACCUCUCCAGGCAGUAAGCAGCAGGUGGAGGAGGGGGGUUCCGGGGCCGCAGCGCUGGGGACCCCAGAGAGACGUAAGGGCAGCCUGGCUGACGUGGUGGACACACUGAAACAGAGGAAGAUGGAGGAGCUCAUCAAAAACGAACCAGAAGAAGCCCCCAGCAUUGAGAGGCUGUUGUCUAAGGACUGGAAGGACAAGCUGUUGGCCAUGGGAUCAGGACAUUUUGGAGAAAUCAAAGGUACCUCAGAAAGCCUAGCAGAGAAGGAGCGCCAGCUGAUGGGCAUGAUCAGCCAGCUGAGCAGCCUGAGGGAGCAGCUCCUGGCGGCCCACGAUGAGCAGAAGAAACUGGCCGCCUCGCAGAUCGAGAAGCAGCGGCAACAGAUGGAGCUGGCCAAGCAACAACAGGACCAGAUUGCUCGGCAACAGCAACAGCUUCUGCAGCAGCAACACAAAAUCAACCUCCUGCAGCAACAGAUCCAGCAGGUCCAGGGGCAGCUGCCUCCGUUGAUGAUCCCUGUGUUCCCUCCAGACCAGAGGACUCUGGCUGUAGCUGCUGCCCAGCAAGGCUUCCUGCUGCCCCCCGGAUUCAACUACAAACCAGGCUGCAGUGACCCUUACCCUCUCCAGCUGGUCCCUACUACCAUGGCAGCAGCUGCUGCCGCGGCAACGCCAGGCCUCGGUCAACUACAGCUCCAGGGACGGAGAGGGUCUGAAGUGGGGAUCGACAGGACUAUUGAACAGUUUGGAGUAGACUCCAACUACAACAACCCAGCCUGGUGGUGCUUACAGCAGCUGUAUGCAGCUCAGCUGGCAGCGAUGCAGGUGUCCCCAGGGGCCAAACACAGCAGUAUGCCCCAGACCAACCUGAACACCCACUCUCCCACCAACACACACCAUGAGAAGAGCCGCAGCACCCCGCCGCCCAAACCCAAGGACGAGGGUGCUCAGCCCCUGAACCUGUCGUCCAAGCCUAAGACAGCAAGCGAGAGCAAGUCACCCACCUCCCCCGCUUCCCCACAGGUCCCCACCAUGAAGCUGGGUCACCAUGGCACCGGGUCCAUGAAACACAGCACAGCCCCCUCCAGCAUCGGAGGACCACCGUCCAGAGUCAGCUCCAUAGACCUGCUGUCAUCCCUGUCCUCGGGGGGCUAUCUGAACGACCACGAGGCUGUGACCAAGGCCUUCGCUGAGGCCAGACAGAUGAAGGAGCAGCUGAAGAGAGAACAGCAGGUGUUGGACGCCAAGGUGGCCGCCGUCAACAACCUCAGCCUGAACAACGGGCGCUCCGACAAGGUCAGAUAUGACAAGGCAGCUCUGGAGAGUCUGAGCCACCAGCUGAAGCAGCAGUCAGAGGACAGAGAGAAGUUCAGCCAUGCCAUGAUGGACUUCACCAUGAGUGGAGACUCAGAUGGCAGCCCCAGUGUUUCUGAUUCCAGGAUGUUCCGUGAGGCCCGGGGCCGAGGCAACAGCGAACCGCACAUUAAACGACCCAUGAAUGCUUUCAUGGUCUGGGCAAAGGAUGAGAGGAGGAAGAUUCUCCAGGCUUUCCCCGACAUGCACAACUCCAACAUCAGCAAAAUCCUCGGUUCUCGUUGGAAGUCCAUGACUAACCUGGAGAAGCAGCCGUACUAUGAGGAGCAGGCCAGGCUGAGCAAGCAGCACCUGGAGAAGUACCCGGACUACAAGUACAAACCCCGGCCCAAACGGACUUGUCUGGUGGACGGGAAGAAGCUGAGGAUUGGAGAGUACAAGGCCAUUAUGAGGAACCGCCGGCAGGAGAUGAGACAGUACUUCACUGUGGGACAACAGGCCCAGCUGCCCUUGUCCUCGGCGGGCGUGGUGUACCCAGGUGCCCUCUCCAUGGCAGGCUUGCCCUCCCCCCAGAUGCCCUCGGAGCACUCCUCACUGUCCAGUAGCCCCGAGCCCGUCGCCCCACCCCUCCAGACCCCCUACCAUCCCAGCCUCAAGGGAGACGAGACCCGAGUCAAACAGGAGGCACUGCGAUUGGACGACAGCAACGGUGAUGCGUACGACGACUUCGAUUAUGAGGACGAGGAGGGAGAUUAUGGAAGCGAUAACGACAACCACCAAUAAUCUGGAAGCAGAGCCAAUCAGAAUCAGAUACCCAGCUUCUUGCUGCAAACACCCCCGUCCGUCCACCAAUCCUGAGAGACUAUCCGUCCCUUAUAUCCAAUCACAUUCAAUGUCACAAACCUCGCCCUCCUUUACCACUUAACCAACAAGGACUCUGGAACCUCAGAGCCAAGCCCCUCCCAUUGGAAUCUCGAUACCAGCAACCGACCAAUCAAAUCAAGCACAGGACCUGUCACUCACACUGACUGUUACACAGACUGGAGUCUAGGAGGAGACGAGUUGAUUGCCGUGACUUCUGCUGAGUACUACACAGUACUACAGCGGACUAACAAAGUACUACGAAGUACUACAGAGUACUAGAGUAUUACUGCUGUGUACGCCAUAAAGGCAAGAUGAGAUACACAUUAUGUCAUGAGUAAGCUACUAUAUGAGGAGAAAACACAGAAAAAACAACCUUUUAGACCAGUUUGACUUCAAAGAGACAUUUUUGUUUUUAAACAGCAGGCCUGUCAGUUGAUUAAAGAUACACUUUAAAAUGGCCGACCUGCUUGUUUAUGAAAGAGACACUUUUAAAACAGCUUUUUUUCUUGGUUCUAUGAUAUUCUCACUCAGGUACACGGUGCCAACAAGUGGCUUGUGAAUGUGAUUUGUUGUUUUUGUGCUACAGUUUUAAUAAUAGAUACAAAAUAGACAUUUUUCCCUUUUCAUUGUAAAGCACCUGACAGAAGUCAAAGCAAAACUUUUUAUUUAGAAUUCUUCUUCUUUCUUCAACUCUGCGGUGUACUGUCAGCAGAUAUCCUCCCUCUGUGUGUGUGACUCCCCUUAUGAGAGUCAAAAUGGGAAAGUCCAGUCAGGGCCACCGCCAUGUGUUGGACAGUGAGGGCCGGCUCACUUCAGGGGACUGUGGGGGGACCUCAGUCUCUCAUCAUGGGUCAUCUUGGACAGUACUGUGUAAUGAGACAAUCUCCCACCAUCCCUCUUCUCUCCUUUUACACUCGUUCUUUUACCCUUUCUUUGGCUUUCCUUUUGAUUCUGAUCAUGAGGACUUUGUGUCUUUGGAAGGUACAAACAAGGGUUUAUUUUAGAUAUGAAACACCUCCUUGUAUGUGUGUGAGAGUGUGUGUAAGCAAGCUCGCUGUGCGUGUGUGUGUGUUUAGUCUGUGUGAGCUGGUUUAGUCAUCACUAGACACUAGAUCCCAGAACUCUGUCCCUUUCCAAGACAAACAGAAACACUGGAGUUUCCCCUGUGAGCCCCCAGUACUUCAGUAUCCUGGUGUAUAGAGACAGAGAAAGCCCUAUUCCUGGUGUACAGAGACAGAGAAAGCCCUAUGACUCUCUUGUACACUCACACACACACACACACAUCCCAAAGCCCCAGUUCCCCAAUCGAAACCCCACAACAACUCUACUCCGCUGCCAACUGAUCCAGCCAGCACCACAAGCCAACAACUCUUACCCACAACCCAAACCCUCUCGUAAUAUACUCCCAACUGAUAUCACACAAAAUUGGUGUGUAUUUUGUUCUAGAAGUUUUGGUGUGUUCCUGCGGGCUUCUACUGGUAGUUUUGAGUAUUUGCUGUCUGUCCCCUUUCUGUCCCUCUCUCUGAGAGUUCCCCUCUAUGUCCCCCUGUGUCUUACUCUGUCCCCGUCCGCGUCCCCAAAACACGUCAUUCUGCUGUUCUUAUUGGGAGGAGCUGAUGGUCAUAUCAACACGUCAGUGUUUCCUUUGUAUUUCAAUACUGUAUUUUAUUAUUUUUAUUCAAACUGCCUCUAGUGUAAUAAUAUUAUUAACAAUAAUUAUAAUGAUGGUCAGCGUUUCUUUCAAUUUGAGUAAGUUAUGUACAGUAUAAUUUAUUUUGGCCUCUUAUUGGGUUUAUUACGACCCAUAUGAAACUUCUUCGGUCAAUGAAGCAUUGUUAUAUUUAGCUGGUUUAGAGUAUUUACAUCUAAUGUUGUCCUUUUACUUUUUACUUUAUUUGCCAAUUUGCAUAUUCUUUGGUUUCUGUUUUUAUCUGUCCUGUUUGUUUAGUAUUAAUCCUAUAUGGACGCUGGGUGAGGAGGAGGAGCGGCACGGACGGCAGCUGUCGCUCUUCGCCAAGGAGACUGGACUUUCUAUUCACUAACUCUCUCCCCAUCCGCGUCCCUCAGCUUGACAACGUAACCCUUUUAUGUCCAAACCCACUUCUAAAAGCACUCAGACACUCUGUGUGGUCAGAGAAAAGAAGGUGAUCUUUGUUUGUUUGUUUGUAAUGGUUCAUGUAUAAUGUGAAGUUUCUUCUACUUUCUUUCUUUUUAUGAAGAUAAAAGAAAACGGUUAUAUUAUUCUAUUCUGUUCUGUUUCCUCUGAACAAAGGAGCGAGGCUCUCGUUUACUAGGGUUGCUAUUUACACUGAGAUGCCGUGGAACAUCGUUGAGGCUGGCGGACACAGAGACACACAGACACAGCAGACUCACAAAUUAUUAGCAGACACAGUUGUGCAAAAUUCGAAUAACACGAUCAGGAUUUUGAUCAAAUUAGGACAUGAUCAGAACACACACACACACACACACACACACACACCGCACAUUUGCGACCCAUAGGAAAAUCAGUGUUUACUUUGCCUAUUCCACAAUGUUCUACAGCAUAACCUGACAUUCAGUUAGUAAUGACCUGUCAUAUCUAUGUGACUCCAGAACUCUGGGGACUUUACUUUGUUUUAGCUCCACACUAUGACCUAGCCAUGUCCACUCACUCUACAGGUGUGCUGCCAGAUAGUGACCCAGCCCGGUCAUGCUUGCUGCAGAUGUUUACUCUGACACAAUCAAUCACAACCAUGCCUAUUGCCAGAUAGUGAGCCUCCCAGUCAAUCAUACUUGGCCAUAUAGACAACCUCACAAUCAGGCCACAGUGAGACCUAAUGCUGGAGAAAUGGUGUCCUGUAUUCUGGCUGGAAGCUGUAGGUUAGAUUAGUAGGCUAGACAGCGUGGGGAAAAGGAGGGGUUUACAAGUUCAAUCAUUCCAGCUUGCUAGGUCUGCCACAUACUGAGGUAUUAUACUGUACUUAGGGCCAGGAGUUUUGUGACCUGACCAGGACAAACACUUGGCUCUAGUUAUACUAAUGAAUAGAGUCCAACGUUUUUCAUGAGCAGGUUGACAGGAUGAUAGGCCCUGGUGAUGUUGGGUGAUACAGCGAUGAUGGUGACCAUGAUCGCGAUGAAGAGGAUGAUGAUGAUAAUAAUAAUGAAGACAAUCAAAUGUCACGAGUGGAGCUCAAAACAAAGCCAGAGUUAGUCAAAAAAAAGAAACACGUAUCUGACCAUCUCAACUUGACAAAUGGAGAAAGAUAAUUAUGUACAUAUAACAUAGAGUUAUAGAUUUAUAUUUUGUUCAUAACACAGUGUAAUAUAAGUUGUAUAUUUCUUUUUCUCUUUUAUUGGUGUUAUUCAUGCUACAAUAAAAUCAGGAGUUGAUGUACUCUUACAACAAAAAAAAGAAGAAAAAUGACAAAUAAACGAAGGAAACAACAAAAAAAGAGAGGCUGUGGGCUUGCCAUGCACCAUCUGUUCCGAGUUCACUUUUUUCAGUAUUAUUGCCAGUCGAGGCUUUAAUAAAAACAGCGAUGUGUUCUGUAA